AUGGAGACUAAAAACGAGCACUCGCAGGAAAGCGGGCAGCUGGCACUAAACACCGAACGAGAGGCUCGUCGAUCUCGCAGCCCUCGCCCAUCUCUUAAGUCUAAAGCCGUCCGAUACCACUCCCCACCCCAAAAGCGGCCUUCCUUUCCCACGCUUUUGGGUACGCCACGUUUCACGCCCCUUAGCUCAACCAAGAUGCCUCUUCAGGGGAGACAACGCGAACGUACUCCACCAAGGCAGCAGACUGCGCCAGGUAGACUUAGCUUCAAGCAAGGAGGACACAGCACCGCUUCUCACGCGACAGUCGAAAGUCGCCUUAUCGAGGAGCUGGGAGCCCGCGUUGAGUCCCAAAAUAAGGACAUUCGCAAUCUCUUGGAACGAGUCACCAAGAUCGAGGUCGAGAGGGACCGUGAGAGUGAGAAGAACCGCAAGAUCGAGGAGCAAGAAGGUCUCAUCAAGACACUGCAGGAAGAGAAUCGGAUGUUGAAGCGACGGCUGGAUUCAUAUGCCCCUAGCCCUCAUGUCGAAUACACUCCUUACCCAAGCGACGCAUGA